AAAAAAAAAAAAAAAACAGUCGAACAGGAUCGACUCCUCGGGGAGUAUCGAAAUGUUGAAAUGCACUCGGCAAAGUCAAUGAUUUUCGUUGCAUCGUGAGAAACGCUGAUAAAAAUUAUGUAAAAACUGUUUCAAAGCUGUUGAAAUAAUUAUUCAAAUAUGUUAUCGCUGGUGUUGAUUUUCGUGCUGUUUUCUAAAGCUACAAGCGUCACCGGGGCAAGCCUAAUUACUGAGAAACUCUGCGAAAAAACGAGGUCUGAACCGAUCGAGGCAGUGAUCAAUGAUGUAAUCGAUGAAAUAUCCAAUCGUAGCGAGUGCAUGGUCUUUGUUUUCGACGCUUACUAUCGGCGACUGAUCCAUCACAAUCGGAUAAGAAAAUCGAAACUCAUGCCUAUUUAUUCGAUCGAAAUCCGAGAAAACGAAAUUUUUUUACCACCGAAAAAUCGAGUCGAGAUGAUCCUGGAGCAGAGCAAAAGGGCGGCCUGCGAUGCGUACGUUAUUUUAGUCGCCAAUGGGCUUCAAGUAACACAGUUUUUGCAGUACGCCGAAAACGAGAGGAAAAUCAAUACUCAUGGAUUAUUUUUGCUGAUUCACGAUUGGAGGCUCUUCGGUUCGAGCAUGAGGCACGUUUGGAACAGAAUAAUAAACGUCGUAUUCAUUCGACGAUUCAACUUCGCGAAGCGACGUUCCGGGGAACGAGUUUCCCGGGAGUGGUUCAAUCUUGAGACGGUUUAUUAUCCGGCGCGGGUUAAGAAUUUCGUGAUAACUCGCUACCUGGAUACUUGGUACAGAGGCAAAUAUCGUUACGGCGAAAAUCAUUUUACCUCGAAAAUUGAUAACUUGAGAAAAACUGUUAUGAAAAUAGCAGUCUUCGAGCACGUCCCGGCCGUUACGAAGGCAGCGGGAAGAAGUUUUAAACGUUUUCCAACGGGGCGGAAAGACGGUGGGGACGAUGAGAACGAAUUUGGCAAAGCACGGGGCAUCGAAUUCGAACUUGUUCAAAUAAUAGCGAGGAAAAUGAACUUUGUGGCCAGCUUCUACGAGCCCUACGGCGUUGACGUCUCGCGAUGGGGAAGCCCCAGAGAAAACGACACCUUCGACGGUUUAUUGGGCGAAGCUGUCGCUGGCAAGGCUGCUUUUCUCAUCGGCGAUCUUCAUUACACGCUCAGACACAAUCGAUUGCUGGAUCUUUCGUUGCCUUACAAUACCGAAUGCUUGACCUUCCUCACCCCCGAGGCACUGACCGAUAACUCUUGGAAACUUCUCAUCGUACCUUUCAGAUUGUACACCUGGAUCGCUGUAAUUCUCACCCUCUUCCUCGGCGCUUGUAUCUUCCAUCUCUUCGCUCGUACUUACGAAAAGUACAUAAGUCCGCACACGCAAAAUAAACAAGUUGAAGUAACGUGCCACGUGAUAAGAAAGUUUCGAAGUACUGUGAGUAAAUCGUUGUCGAAGAAGAAGGAAAAAUCGUUCGAAAGUUUGGAUCUCUUUACCCAGCCUGGGAAUAGCAUUUUGUACACAUACAGCAUGCUGCUUCAAGUCUCAUUACCAAGAAUACCAGCUGCCUGGGCUGUCAGAGUAUUCAUCGGUUGGUGGUGGCUUUACGGUAUUCUUGUAACAGUCGCUUACAGAGCGAGCAUGACAGCCACCCUGGCCAAUCCCAUAGGAAGAAUGACGAUAGACACGAUAGCCGAUUUAGCCAAGAGCCGGAUAGGAGCAGGCGGUUGGAACGACGAGCAGAGAGACCUCUUUCUAUCCUCGUCCGAUAAGGACGUUCAGAAGAUAGGAGAAAAAUUCGAAUUAACUGGCAACGAGGAAGAAGCGAUCGCUCGUGUAGCAAACGGAAGCUUUUCGUAUUACGAAAAUAUUUACGUUUUGAAACAGGCUCGAGCGAUAAGACAAAAACUUGAAUAUACGCAGAUGAAAAAUGCUCUCAAAGAAGAUCACAAAGUUCAGGCUGACAGAGAUCUCCACAUCAUGGGAGAGUGUCUUAUCGACAUGCCCGUUUCCAUUGGGAUGGAUAAAAAUUCUCCUCUGAAGCCCCACGUCGAUCGUAUGAUUCGACAAGUUGUUGAAGCUGGUUUUGUAGCGAAAUGGCUGAGUGACGUGACAGAAUGGUCAAAAAUCGUAGAGCUCAGAUAUAAGUCCCCGCCGGAACAGACUCUUGUUAACUUGCAUAAACUCCAUGGAGCUUUGGUUGCUCUGGGUAUUGGUUAUUUUCUGAGUUUUGUUGCUCUAGCGACUGAAAUAUUUCAUUGGAAAUAUGUUAUUAUGAGAAAUCCGGCUUACGACAAGUACCAAAUGGAUGUAUUUUAUUCUAAUAGAAAAAAGCUUUGAUGAUGGUUCAAUAAAGUAUUAGUGCAAACUUUAGUUAGUAUAUAGUAUUAUUCAUUAGAAUUUUUGCUUUCAUUUACAAGUCAAAUUGAUUCCUAUGAAAAUAAGAACAACAUACUUACAAGCUUGU